AUGGAGAGAGCCAGGCCGGAGCCGCCGCCUCAGCCGCGCCAACUGCCGCGGGCGACCCCGCCGCGCCCGUUGCGCCCCGCUCCGCCCCCGCUGCCGGUCGAGGGUACCUCCUUUCGGACAGCAGCCGUCGAGGCCUCUCCGUCGCCGCCCGCCUUGUGUGCCGCUGCCAUUGCCACCGUGGCCUCGUCGUGCGGAGAGGCCCCGGCGUCGGGCGCACAGCCUGCAACACCAGCACGGCGGCUGCUGGAGGUGAAACCAGAGCAGGUGCUGCUGCUACCUCAGCCGCGGGACGAAGUCGCUGCUUCGCCCGCGCAGGCGCGAUUGCUGCAGCUGAGACCCGAGCUUCUGCCGCUGCAGCAGCCGCCCGCGUCCGAGGGCGCCCCCUGCAGGUCCGAAGUGCACCCGGUGCAGCCCCGAGCGCUGCACGUCAAGGCCGAGAAGCAGGAGCCCGGACCCGGCUUGGAACCGUCGGUGGGGCCUCGGAGGGUCGUCGAGGCGGGACCCAGGCCUUCCCGAGUGGCCAAAGUGGAAGGCCCCGGGUCAGCUCUCAACAGCCGCCGAGGGGACGAGAAGAAGGACAAGUUGGAGACGGAGGAGGUCAUGAGAGACGUGGGGAAAGGCGGUGAAGGCAAAAGCCUGGUGACCAUUAGAGAAGGAGUCAUCAAAACCGAGGAACCCGAGAGAUUCCGCGAGGACUGCAGGCUCAGCUCGGAGCCUGCGUCCAAUGGCUUGAUCCAUGGCAGCAAGGAAGUCAUCCUGGCCCAGCCAGCCAGUGGCUUUGGGUCGCACCAGCAAGACCUCAGGAUCCCUUUGACUCUCCACACCGUCCUCCCUGGGGCUCGGAUCCAAUUUCAGGGACCUCCACCUUCAGAGCUGAUAAGAUUGACCAAGGUUCCCCUGACACCAGUGCCUAUUAAAAUGCAGUCCUUACUGGAGCCUUCUGUAAAAAUUGAAACCAAAGAUGUCCCGCUCACCGUGCUUCCCUCAGAUGCAGGAAUACCAGAUACUCCCUUCAGUAAGGACAGAAAUGGUCAUGUGAAGCGACCCAUGAAUGCAUUUAUGGUUUGGGCAAGGAUCCACCGGCCAGCACUAGCCAAAGCUAACCCAGCAGCCAACAAUGCAGAAAUCAGUGUCCAGCUCGGGUUAGAGUGGAACAAACUUAGUGAAGAACAAAAGAAACCUUAUUAUGAUGAAGCACAAAAGAUAAAAGAAAAGCACAGAGAGGAAUUUCCUGGUUGGGUUUAUCAGCCUCGUCCAGGGAAGCGAAAACGCUUCCCUCUAAGUGUUUCCAAUGUAUUUUCUGGUACCACACAGAAUAUCAUCUCUACAAAUCCUACAACAAUUUAUCCUUAUCGCUCACCUACCUACUCGGUGGUUAUUCCCAGCCUGCAGAACACCAUCACUCAUCCAGUUGGUGAAGCCCCACCUGCCAUCCAGCUGCCCACACCUACAGUCCAGCGCCCAAGCCCCAUCACACUCUUCCAGCCCAGUGUCUCCAGUACUGCCCAGGUGGCUGUCCAGGCUCCAAGUCUGCCCCUCUGUCCAGCAGUCCCACCCCAGCGCUUUGCUGGGCCCUCCCAAACGGACACUCAUCGGCUGCAUUCUGGAACCAGUCAUUCUGUGAAGAGACCCACCCCUGUCUCUCUAGAGAGUACCAACAGGAUUCCAACUAGUGCAAGUACUGCCCAUGCCAGAUUUGCAACUUCUACCAUCCAACCUCCCAAGGAGUAUCCCAGUGUUUCGACUUGUCCCAGAAAUGCUCCAAUCCCCCAGGCUCCUCCCAUUCCACACUCACAUGUCUACCAGCCCCCUCCCCUGGGCCAUCCAGCCACACUGUUCGGGACACCACCGCGGUUCUCUUUUCAUCACCCCUACUUCUUACCUGGACCUCACUACUUCCCAUCAAGCACGUGCCCUUAUAGUCGUCCUCCCUUUGGCUAUGGAAAUUUUCCAAGUUCAAUGCCAGAAUGCCUUGGUUAUUAUGAAGACAGGUACCAAAAACAUGAGGCUAUGUUUUCGGCUUUAAAUAGAGACUAUCCUUUUAGAGACUACCCAGAUGAACGCACACACAGUGAAGACUCUCGGAGUUGUGAGAGCAUGGAUGGGACCUCUUACUAUAACAGUCAUAGCCACAGUGGGGAAGAAUACUUAAAUCCUAUGCCUCAGCUGGACAUUGGAGCCUUGGAGAAUGUCUUCACAGCCCCGACAUCAACUCCCUCUAGCAUCCAGCAAGUCAAUGUCACUGACAGUGAUGAGGAGGAAGAAGAAAAAGUGCUCAGGAAUUUAUAAUUUUAAAACAAAUAUGCACAGAAAAUAAACAUUUCUUAAAAUAUAUUUUGGGUCAGUUGGUGUGAGAAAAAAAGCCUAGAAUGCUUUGCUAAGAGUUUUCAGCCAUGAUUUGAGGAGUCAACACCAAAUGCAAUUUUUAUCUUCAUAAAGUUUUAAUUAGUGAAACUGGAGCCUUAAUGUUUCAUCAUAGGAAUAUGUAAGAUAUGAAGUAGUUUAUUUUUAUGGCUGAAAUUUGCAUCAACAUGUAUUAUCAUUACUUUAUUUUGUAACAUGCAAAAUACCAAAUCCUUGCAAGUGUUAAGUGAGGGGAAAGGGAGUGUAUAUCUGGCAUGACAAGUGUGAUUUGUAGUUUAUCUCAGAAUACAUUUAUUUAUCUUUCUUAUAUAAUUUUUGUUUGGUGUUUAUGUAAUACUUAUGGAUGUUGUCAGUUCUUAUGUAACAUUUUAAAAAUAUUUUGAUAACUUUUAGUGGUGAACAGGGACUCAGUUACUAAAUUUAAUUUACGCUAAUAACCAAUUAUAGGUUGCAAAUGUGUUUUAGUGGCACCUGGGUAAUUCCUUCAGAUAAAUUUAGUAAUUUCUGUUCCAAAACCUUUUCAUCAUCUUUUCUGAAUAUCUUUUUCCAUUUGAUAUACAUUGUUCUAUUUUUGUUACAAUUAAAUAAACAUAAAUAAAAUUGU